CUGGGGGAGUGGAGGUGAAGCUUGUUCUGCUGCUGAGUUGAAUGGACUGUGCGCAGGUCAGAGUGAGAUGGACAGCUGUGUGGUUCUCACUCUUCUGUCCACAAUCUCACUCACCACAGCUGCUGUCAGUGUGAGGUUGCUGGAUGGUGGCAGUCGCUGUGCUGGGAGAGUGGAGCUUUAUAAUGGAGGACAGUGGAAAGGAGUGUGUAUGUAUCAGUGGGAUCUGACUGAUGCUGCGGUGGUGUGUAGAGAGCUGGGCUGUAUGAAUGCUCUGAGCAUUGCUACUUUUGGAUCAGGGUCACAAUUAGUGAUGGCAGGGACUGCACAGUGCAGUGAAUCAGAGACUUCACUGAAGAACUGUUUUCUUCGUUCAUCUGGUCGUUACUGUAUUACAGCAGAUGCUGGAGUCAUUUGUUCAGGUGACAAACCAAGACUUACUGAUGGUCCUCAUGAAUGUUCUGGAAGACUAGAAGUACCAAAAAGCAAUGAAUGGUCGACAGUGUGUGAUGCUGGCUUUGACCAGCAGGAUGCAGAGGUUGUGUGUCGAGAGCUGGGCUGUGGACGUCCUGUGGAGGUGCUGGGAGCAGCUGCUUUUGGCAGAGGGGAGGGUCAGGUGUGGUCUGAGGAGUUUCAAUGUGAGGGGAAUGAAUCUCAUCUUUACUCCUGUAAAAAAAGUUCCACAAGCAAAAAUAUCUGCACCCAUGACUACGACGUGGGAAUAACAUGCACUGGUCAUACUCAGGCUCGACUGGUGAGUGGCUCUGACUCUUCUAACUGUUCUGGUAGAGUGGAGCUCCAGUACCUCAGUGAAUGGGGCACAGUGUGUGAUGUAAGCUGGGAUAUGAGAGAUGCCAGUGUCCUCUGUGGUCAGCUGAAGUGUGGGAGUGCUGUGGCUGUGUUGGGGUCAGACUGGUUUGGGGAGGGGAGUGGCCAGAUCUGGGCUGAUGUGUUUGAUUGUCAGGGGAACGAAACACACCUGUCAAAAUGUCCCAUUUCAUCAUGGAGUCGAACUGCAUGCUCUCAUAAACAGGAUGUUGGAGUCAUCUGUAGUGAUUCAACUCUGGCGUUUAAUGAGGGGCAAGUGCGGCUGUCUGGUGGGAUAGAAUGUAAGGGGGAGGUGGAGGUUUACUUCAGGCAGAAUUGGAGGAGAGUUCUGCUGGACUCCUGGAGUGAGUCUGUGGCCUCUGUGGUCUGUAGACAGCUGGGCUGUGGCUCUGUGAUCAGCUUCUCCAGCUCCUCUACAUCCAGUCCUGAACACAGUUACAUGUGUGUGACGGAUUUCAAUUGUUCUGGGAGUGAAGCUCAUCUGCGGAACUGCAACAGCGCACAAGCAGUCAACUGCAGCUCCAGAGAACAGCUCUCAAUCACCUGUACUGGUAAGUUUAAUCCAGCUCACAGCUCCAUCAGGCUGGUUGGUUCUGGGGGAGACUGUGCAGGAAGGCUGGAGGUUUUCCACAAGGGCUCAUGGGGGACAGUGAGUGAUGACUUGUGGGAUAUUAAGGACGCGCAGGUGGUCUGCAGACAGCUGCAGUGUGGAGUGGCCCUCAGUGCUCCUGUACCAGCCCGGUUUGGACCUGGAACUGGAUCCAUAUGGCUGGUGGAGUGUGAGGGGAGUGAGACGUCCCUGUUGAACUGCAGAUUUCAGCUGUCUGGAGAGGAUGAUUGUGAACACAGGAAGGAUGUAGGAGUCGUGUGUUCAGAGUUUAAAGAGUUCAGACUCACUGAGGGCUGUGAGGGGAAUCUGGAAGUGUUCUACAAUGGAACCUGGGGUAAUGUGUGUGAAAAUGGAAUAGAUGAAGAAACAGCAAGUUUGAUCUGUCAGGAGCUGAACUGUGGAAGAUCUGGCAGGGAGAAUCGAGAUGAAGCAAGAGUUAAAUCAGCUCCUAACUGGCUGGAUGAUCUGAAAUGUAGGAAACAUGACUCCACUCUGUGGCAUUGUCCAUCUUCACCCUGGGGAAAUUAUAGGUGCAACGAGGUGGCUCAAAUUACCUGUUCAGAUAAGCAAAAUCAUCUUGUGCAGCGAAGUCAUCUGAAAUGCUCUUCAUCAUCUCCCUAUCAGAGACAGUGCUCAAAUCACCUGCCUUUCAGGCUGAGGGGAGGAAAGGGAAUCUGCUCUGGAAGGUUGGAGGUGUUUUAUAACGCUGAGUGGGGGUCUGUCUGUGAUGAUCUGUGGGACAUCAGGGAUGCUCAAGUUGUCUGCAGGCAGCUGGGCUGUGGGCCGGCGCUGAGUGCUGAUGGGAGUGCUGUCUUUGGUGCUGGUAAAGGGCCUAUCUGGCUGAACAGAGUGAAGUGUAGAGGGAAUGAGAUUCACCUGUGGGACUGUCCUCAUUCCCUCAAGAAACACACUGAGUGCUCCCACAGGCAGGAUGCUGGAGUCACCUGUAAAGAUAUAUCAGUGCCUACUACUACUACACCCAUAACACCAACCAUCACCUUCACCACUACAGUUGAUCAGACACUGAAGAGAACAACCACUCCUCCACAAACUCUUUCACCAUCCAUUUAUUCGGUGUCUCUCCUAGUUCUGGGAGCGGUGCUCUUCCUGGCCUUAGUGCUUCUGGUUGUGCUGUUUUACCAGAACAGAGUGCUCAGGAGAGUGCUCUCUAAGAGGAGGCGUAAGACUUUGACUGAGGCAGUCUAUGAGGAGAUUGACCGCAGAUACAUCACUAAAAGAAGUGACUUGACUCAAAGAGGAAUUGUCCUCUCUGAAGAACAGCAUUCAGGAUAUGAGGAUGUGGAUGAGGAGCUUCUCUCAGGAAGUGUCCUCUCUGAAGAACAGCAUUCAGGAUAUGAGGAUGUGGAUGAGGAGCUUCUCUCAGCAAAGUCUCUGACUGAAGUAAAGCCAGAAUAUUAUGAUGAUGUCACCACCAGUGGCCUGAUAACUGAAACGAAAGAGAACGAAGCAGAGAGCUAUGAUGAUGUCAUCACUGCUGGACAGAUCUCUGAUAGUGUAGCAGAGGACGUAGCAGAGAAUUAUGAUGAUGUCAUCACUGCUGGUCAGAGCUCAGCUGUUGAAACAGAAGACAUGACAGAUAACUAUGAUGAUGCUGUUACCGCUGGACCAAACUCCAACAUUAUGACAGUGGACACACCAGAGAACUACAAUGAUGUCAUCACUGCAGGACAGGACGUAGAAAAGGUAAAAGACUAUGAUGACGUGGAGGAGGAGCCUCAGCCAGAGAUGAAUCAUGCAACUGAGAGCCUACAGCCAGUGUCUUUCCUCAGGAAAUUACAUUCAAACUUCUUCAAACGCAAGAAAUUCUAAGAUUUUAUCAUAAAUCACUCCCCCACACAUACACAGCUAAACAUCCCCCCACACACAGUUCACAUGUUUCUUUUAUUUUUAGUAUAUUUUCUAAGAGUUCCACCAACCUCUCAAAUCUCAUUAAUUCAUCUAAAUGUUUAGGAUCUUACUUUGAUCUGUUUAUUCUAUUUUUAUCUUCUUGAAAACAUUCUGUAUCUGAUGUGAUAAAGGUAGUCAAUUAAAAGGUUUUUAGAAGAAAUUAUUCAUUUGUUGCCAAAAGCCUUCAUUUUUAUGUACAGUUUUACAACAUGAUUAUUUUUGGUUGAAGGUCUGAAAUUAAAGGGAAAUUCAUUUUCACUGUAAAUGAUGUAUGACAGCUUUCUGUUUUCAGUGCAGGCAUUUAAAAUCAGGCUAAAAUCUGUUUAUAGAGCAAUUAUAAAGCACUGAUCACCCACCGAAUACUGUGCUGCACUGUGAAAAAUGGUGCAUUCUCUGUUUUUUUUUCUUUAACUCAAAUAAAUACUCCAAUUGAAAUAAUGCAAAGCAAACUUUUAAUUUGGGGAAUAAACACAAUAUUUUACAUAAAUUCGAACCUGAAAAACAUGGUUCCGCUUUUUAUAGUGUGCAACAUAAGUCAGAUUUCAGACCUUCUUGUGUGUUAUUUGCAAACGUAUAAUGAUUGUGUGAUUAUUAUGCAAAUGAUUUGACAUUAAAUCCACACAGACAUAAUAAUUACUGUAUGUUGAAUUCUGUAUCUGGAACUUCUUAUGAUUUAAGUGUGUAAUGUAUUGAAUCUAUUACUGUGGUGUGACAGAUAAUUCUGUACUCCUCGUCUCUGUGCUGAUCAUUACACAUUUUAAAGUUACACUUAGUGUAAAGAUACAGACACACCUAAUCAACUUACAUGCACACUCUUAUACUCACACCUAUUCAACUGUACCACACACUUCCUCACAACACACGACACACCCAAGUUCUCCCAUAAACACCCUCACACACCACUAAUCAGCUUGUCCACACAUUCUCACACACACACCACCACGUCUAUCCAAACACACUUUCACACACACACACCCCUCUACCGAAAAAAUUCUGUACUAUACACACCUAAACAACUCUACCGUGCACACACCCCAAUUAGAGCCUCAGAGCAAAUUUUAUCUGGAUAAAAGGUAGCCUGUUUUUCAAAAUGAAAUAUCUGUUUUAAUAUUGUGAACAUAUGAAAUGUAUUUUUAAUAUGGUUUCUAAGGACAGUCUAUGGUCUGAUUUUUAAUGCUGAUGUUCUUCCAUAAAUUUAUCACUUAUGUUUAUUGAAUAAAAACAUCAAUAAGGUUUGA